CGUGCUGGAGGCAGCUCGGUCCAAAAGAAAAUGGGGUUUGGUGUAAAUCUGGGGGUGUAAUGUUAUCAUAUAUCACGCUACCUCGUAAAACCGACACUGAAGCCUGCCGGACAACAAAUCACAGGUCAAAAUUAUGAGUUCUUCGUAUUAUGUGAAUGCGCUUUUUAGCAAAUAUACGGCGGGGGCUUCUCUUUUCCAAAAUGCAGAGCCUACUUCUUGCUCCUUUGCAAGCAACUCCCAGAGAAGCGGCUAUGGACCAGGCGCGGGUGCCUUCGCCUCCUCCAUGCCCGGCUUGUACAAUGUGAACAGUACCAUAUAUCAAAGCCCGUUCUCUUCCGGAUACAGCCUGGGCUCUGAUGCCUACAACCUGCAUUGUUCCUCUUUUGAUCAGAACAUUCCCGUCCUCUGCAAUGACCUAACCAAACCCAGCUGUGAGAAAGCGGAGGAAAGCAACCUGCACAACCAGGCUGAGCCUAAUUUCCGGAUAUACCCCUGGAUGAGGUCUUCAGGUCCAGAUAGGAAGCGAGGGCGCCAGACCUACACCCGCUACCAGACCCUGGAGCUGGAGAAGGAAUUCCACUUCAAUCGCUAUCUGACUCGCCGGCGGAGGAUAGAGAUCGCCCAUGCCCUGUGCCUCACCGAGAGGCAGAUCAAAAUCUGGUUCCAGAACCGCAGGAUGAAGUGGAAGAAGGAGCACAAGGAGGAGAGCUCCAGCACCCCGGCUCCCAAUGAGCCCACGUCAGCAGCAGCGUCUGUGGAGAAAGUGGAGGAAGACGAGGAAGAGGAGGACUAAAAGGUCCCAUCGAGGAAUCAGCCCCUUAGUAUAAUGUAUGCACGUGACAGUUGUAAAGGCUCCUUCUAAAGAAAAAAAAAAAAAAAAAAAGAGGGUAAAAAGAAAAAAGAGAGACUCUCUGUUUUUAUUAAAAAAAGAAGAAAAAUCAGUUCCCUUUAAUAAUAUCUUGCAAGCAAGCAUUUAAAAAACAUUAAAGCGUUUCCUAGGCUGGGUUUCCAGUCCCGUCUCUAGCCUCCCACUCUUCCCAAUCUCGUCCUUUCCCAAACCUGUUGGUAAUAUCUCCUAAGAGCACCCAACAAUCACUUGGGUUUCGUUCACCCAAGCUUGGGUGGCCGUGUCCAGGGGCUGCUGCUUGCACAUAGAGUAAACCGUGACCUUCCRAAGUAACUACCUGACUCAAGAGUCCCGAUCAUUUGUAAAGGGAAAAAGUGCAUUAGGCUCAUAUUGAGGGGGAAAAAACUACCUAAUUUUGAAUAAGUAGCUCUGCACUUCUCAUUUAUUUCUUUUUUUUUCCUUUUAAUUAUUAUUAUGAAAAUAUCAUAACUAACAGCUACACUAACAAAAGGUUAUACUGCAACUGGGCGGGGGGGAGAUGUUACACAAACCACUACAAUCUACAAUGAUUUGUACUACCUAUUUUCCAGACUACCUAUAUAUCUUGCUCCGCCUACCUAUCUUUUAAAGUAUACUGUAUUUUAGUAGUCAGAGAAGAUAACGUACUAAUGUGAAUCGCAAAAUGCUUAUAGAUACAUAAGUGUAGUCAUUCGAGAAGCAUGCAUCAAUAGCUUUGGUAUAGAAUUUGGUACCGAAAAGGCUGAAUAUAUUUAAAAUUAAAAUAAUAUAUUUAUUCCAAAGCAAUUAUAAAUGAAAACCAUAUGCUGCAAUAUAUCUCUGUUCUCGAUUCUUUACUCUUCCGAGUGAGGAAGCAAAUACACGCCAAUAUUGUACAAAGCGGUUUAAUAUCUUCCGUUGGCUUCUACCUUUGGCUGGCUCUUUUAAAGGCCGUUUUCUUAUGCUAGUUUGAUCUUGCUGAAUAUAGCGAAAGWGUUCUUUGAAAAGCGAGUUAAAAUGACCAUGUUGCCACCUAUCAAAAAACUGUUUGUCCUGAUUAUUCGAAUGUGUUAAUAUGUAAUACCGUGAAUUUUCCUACAAUAGCAGAUACUGUAUAUUUGAACGAUUUUUUUGUCAUUUAUAUUUGUCUUGGAGCUCAUUUGUAAGAUCAUGUCACAAAUUGGGAAGUAUGUAAUUAAUUUGGAAACUUUGUAGCAUGACGUAUUGUUAAGAAUUCUGUAUAAAUCCGUCUUGAAGGUUUGGCUAAAGUUUAUUCAAAAAUUGUAUGUUACAAUGUGUUUCGAUGUGUUCGUUGUGAACAUUUGGAUAUGCCGUGUAAGUAUUGGAAGUGGAAAAAAAAUCGUCUGUGAACUCUCUUUGGAAGUGAUACCGUGUUCAAGAAUCUCCCACGAUAAAUGUGUUUUAUGUUACACAGAAAAUAAAUAUGCUUGUUGACAA